CUAUAAGCUAUGUAACACUUAAUUAUGCAAUCAUAUUUCGUCUAAUUUUAUGCACCCAAUUAAUUAUCUAAGUGCAAAUUUAUGCACAAUAUACUUUGUUGUACCUGUCAUUUGAUUAUAGGUGUAGAAAAUUAAAUAUUCCAUAUAUAUGUUUUCUCUAUGAAGCUAAGUUACUAAAUUCUCAUUUUCUUACUUUAUUGCAUUUAUAAUAAGGUCAAAAGUAUGACACACUUAAUGAUAUAAAUAAUGUCUGAUUUGAAAAAAAAAUUACUAAGGUAGCAUAGUAAACGGCUACUCAAUUUAUCCGCUUACAUAUUACAAAUCUUUUAAAAUAUAAUAAUGGGUGAACAAAAAGCAGUAAUCAAAAAUGCUGAUAUGUCAGAAGAUAUGCAACAAGACGCUGUUGAUUGUGCUACACAAGCUUUAGAAAAAUAUAAUAUUGAAAAAGAUAUAGCAGCAUUCAUUAAGAAAGAAUUUGACAAGAAAUACAAUCCUACAUGGCAUUGUAUUGUUGGGAGAAAUUUCGGAAGGUUAGUAAUAUUUUGUAACUCGACAUAAAUAUUUAUUCAUUAUUAAUAUGUAAUCAAUGUUAUUCACUCACUGUCUAUGCCAAGACAGAAAUAAUUUGAGGUUAUAAUGUGGAGAUUGUAACAGUGUAUAAGAAACUCUGUAACUUUAUUGGAAGUUAAUAGUAUACAUGUCAUUGGACAGUAUUCAUUUAACUAUGUUUUCUGUCACAUUUAUGUAAUGCAUUUUUUCUUCACAUAUACACUUACGUACUUGAGUCACCAAAAUGAACGGUUCUCAUUUUCGUCGUAUACAUUAUAGGACGAGAAAGGUUCACCAACUAAGAGCUUUUAACAGGAUUAUGUUAGUUUGAUUCAAUUCAUCAAAUGAUUCUCAAAAUCACUGAGAAAUAAGAAGCAUUAUAAAAGUGUAGAUGGUAGAGAACAAUUUGAACUACACCUAAGAAGAAAUCCCUCUCAAUGGCGUGAAACUUAAUAUAACAUUUAAUUUCUCUCUACAAAUGAACAGUCUGAUUUUGAAUGAACAUUAUGUCUGUCUGAUCAAUCAGAAGAUACUUCCAUGUUUAAUGUUAAAGUCUUUAUAUCUGCAUUAAUUCAGUCAUUGACUCUGUUUAUAAAUAUAAUAUCCAAUUCAAGGACAGUUUACGUCAAGUUAAUGUAGUUGCAAAACACAAAUGUCAGUUUGACUGGAUGUAGGAAUCAAAAGCAUCAUCAAUGUUGGAUUAGGUAAUUCAUUCAUGAAUUGUGAAGCGGUCCUCAGAGUAACAACUACAAAUCAAACUUAGUUGAAUGACAGACAGUUAGAUCAAAACAAUAAAUGAUGAAAACCACUAAGCACUAAUCAACAGUGACAUCUUGAUUUCUGAUACUUCUCAAUCCAAUCCUCAAUCUGAUUUUGCAAUUCUAUGAAUACUGAGGAAUUUCAUGUGCUGAAUUGGUGGAUUCAAAUGAAGUUCGUAAGAUUUUCUUGUUCUGAAAUUUGCUUAUAUGUUGCUAACUGGUUUUCCAAUUCCCUUUCUUCAUUGCAGUUAUGUGACGCAUGAAACCAAACAUUUCAUCUAUUUUUACUUGGGACAACAAGCAAUUCUUCUCUUCAAAUCUGGUUAAUUCGGAGAAAGUCAAGACAGCAAGAAAAAUACCACCAGAAACCAAAUCAAACAUUGUAACGCACAUCUGAUCAUUAUUCAUUCAGCGUAACCCAAUUAACUUCACAAACACAAUUUUCUGUAGUAAUUCAUCUUUCUAAGAACAAACAGAAAAAAUAUAGGUUGAAUGAAGAGCACAAAACAGAACAGAAUAAAUAUUAGUAUAACUGAGAUUGUGUUUCCACAUUGUAUUUGUACUGGUUGAUCCACUAUCAUAUUAUUGUCAGUGUGUGCUUUUGUGUGUGGUAAUUUUAUCUGUGGUAGUGUUUCAAAAUCGAAAAUGAAACAUCUUCAUUAUUAGUAAACAAUUGAAAUAAACAGUUAUUCGUGCAGA